AUGGGAAAAUCCAGGCCUCAGAAGAAGAAGAGCAAGUCGUCCCGCCCACAAUCCGUCCUCAGCCCCGGUGGCUCCGUCUCCAAAAACGCCAUGAGCAAACCCGACCCCUCCACAUUACUCGACCAGGCCAGCGUGCUGCUGCAAACCGGUCAGGCCGACGCAGCAGUUGAAGUCGCACAGCAGGCGCUGGAUCUGGCGCCGGCGAAUAGUGCAGCGCAACGACUGGCCGUCAACCUACUGGGGGAGAUCAACGUUGAGCUGGGCGAGAUCGAUACAGCGCGCCAGCACUUUCUGCGCGCGGUCGAAUUGGAUCCCAAUGGCUCAAUAUCCGAGGCGGAGGGCGGAGGAGCAGAGAAAUUUCUCUGGCUGGCUCAAUUGAGCGAGGAGGGCGGCAAGGAUAGCGUGCAGUGGUUUGAGAAGGGCGUGUCGUCCCUCCGACAGACCCUGCAGUCCUUGGAAGGGAAAACAGCACCAGAAGAGGUCGCGGACGCUCAAGAAAAGAAGACAAAACUGGCGAAUGCCCUCUGCGCCGUGUCGGAGAUCUACAUGACUGAUCUUUCAUGGGAAGAAGAUGCAGAAUCGCGCUGCGAUUCCCUCAUUACUGAGGCUCUCCUCGUGACGCCUGACGCCCCAGAAGUGCUGCAGACCCUCGCUUCGAUCCGGAUAUCACAGCUACGAACCGAAGACGCACAAGCAGCGCUCACACGGAGUAUCGGGCUAUGGAAAGACCUACCCCCAGAAGACCCCAACGUGCCCGACUUUGCUGUGCGCAUUAGUUUGGCUCGGCUGCUCAUGGAGGUAACGCUGGAGAUGGAGGCGCUGGAGGUCCUUGAGCGGCUGAUUCUGGAAGAUGACCAGAGCGUGGAGGCGUGGUAUCUGGGCGGCUGGUGCCUUUAUCUGCUGGCGGAGAAGCAACAGGCUCCCAAGGAUGCUGAUGCUGAAGACGCGGAGAACCCGCGGCAUGCGUCGCUGGUUGCGAGUCGCGAGUGGCUCAUGCAGAGUCUAAAGCUUUACGGACUAUUGGACUACGAGGAUGAGCCGCUGCGUGAUCAUGCGAUGGAGCUGGUGCAGGAGAUGAAUAAGGAGCUUGGGGAGGUUAUGGAUGAUAGUGAGGGCGAGGACGAGGGAGAAGAUGAGGAAUGGGAUGAUGAGGAUGUUGAGUCGGACGAGGAUCAUGAGAUGGCGGAUUCAUAA